CAGUGCAUUACAUGAUGUAGUGCAUUAAGUAAUGUGGUGGCUCCUGAUUGACCUCUAGAUGCAUUCAAUAUCCGCACUUAAUAAUCUCUCCGACAUAUGAGAUGUAUAUAUGCCAAAUCUAAAACCUUAAUUUUCAUGUAUACCUGUGUGGACAUAACUAUGGAACAACAAGUCUUCUUCUAUCUCCAACUCCUCCUCAUCUUCCUCAUCUCCUUCCUCUUGCUCAACAUCCUAGCAAAAACUCAUAAGACAGAGAAAAAGAAGGAUCCUCCAGGUCCAUGGCGUCUCCCCAUCGUGGGUAACCUCUUUCUUCUCAAUCCCAAUAAGCCUCUCCGCUCCCUCAUCAGCCUCUCAAAUAAACACGGCCCUCUCAUCCUCCUCCACUUCGGCUCCAUCCCCACCCUUGUCGUCUCCUCCGGCGACAUAGCCGAGGAAAUCUUCACCAAGCAUGACCUCACCUUCUCCGGCCGCCCUUUUCUCACCGCAGCUAAGAAGCUCUUAUACAACAGCUCCAGCAUCACCUUUGCUACCUACGGCGACCACUGGCGCCAAGCUCGCAAGAUCGCCACGCUCGAGCUUCUUAGCUCUCGUCGUGUUCGAUCCUUUGAAGUCGUGCGAAGGGAAGAAGUGGAGAAGCUCGUAGCCACUAUAAGAGAUCUCUCAAUAGCUAACUUGAGCGAGUUAACGCUUUCAUUCGCAAAUAAUGUGGUUUGUCGAGCGGCGCUUGGUGAUGAGUUUGGAGAUGGAGGGUAUGGUGGAAAAGGAGGAGUAUGGCUUCAUCAGCUACUUUCAGAGACUCAAAGCUUGUUCGGUGGUUUCUGUGUAGCAGAUUUCUUUCCUGGGAUGGAAUGGAUUGAUCGAUUAAGAGGCUUUCAUGCAAGGAUGGAAAAGAAUUUUGAAGAGAUGAAUACAUUUUUUGAUAGAGUUAUUUAUGAGCAUGAUCUUAAAAUUAGAGAAAAAGAAGAAGAAAUAAGAGGUGAGGAGGAGAAGGAUUUGGUGCAUGUUUUGCUGAGGCUCCAUAAAGCUGCAGUCCUUCAUGGAGGUUUUUUGAGCAAUAUAGACCAUGUCAAGGCCAUCUUAGUUGAAGUAUUCAUAGCUGGAACGGAUACAUCAUCAGCUACAAUAACAUGGACAAUGACAGAGCUGAUAAGAAAUCCAAGAGUAUUGAAGAAAUUACAAGAAGAACUUCAACAAGCCACCAAUGGAAACUCGCACAGACUCAUCCAAGAAAGCGAACUUGAAAAGCUAGAAUACCUCAAACAAGUUAUAAAGGAAUCACUAAGACUAAAACCUCCUGUUCCACUUUUGGUUCCACGUGAAACCAUCCAGGAAUGCGAAAUCCAAGGAUACACGAUCCCUGCUUAUACACGAGUUAUCUUCAACGCCGCUGCUAUUUCCACAGACCCAAAUAUUUGGGAGAAGCCCCUCGAGUUUUGGCCUGAAAGAUUUGAAGGAAGGGAUGUUGAUUUCAAGGGACAUGAUUUUAAGAUGUUUCCUUUUGGCUUUGGGAGGAGAAAGUGCCCAGGGAUCAACUUCGCGAUGGUGAUUGUUGAACUUGCCUUGGCCAAUCUCCUCCAUUGUUUUGAUUGGUCAAUACCAAAUGGAAUGAAGGCUGAAGAUAUCAAUAUGGAGGAGGCUAUUGGAGUUACCACACACAAGAAAGAGGCGCUUUGCUUGGUUGCUAAACCUAAGUGGUGAGGAAGAAGCAUAACCUAAUUAUAUAUUUAUGUAUGUUCCUAUAUUUUUCCAUGAUAUUCCAAGCUUGAAAUUAAGCUAUCAUAUUGUCAUAUCAAGCUGAAUUUAUUGUUUCUAAAUAUAACUUAGAAAAAAUUAUGAAAA